GCAAAGGCAGACACAGGAAAGGCGCCAGACGAAGCCGCCCAAGCAAAGCGCGCUAGGGUACGAGCUCGCCUUGAGGAGAUACAUGAGCGAAGGGAUAGGAUGGAGGCUGCAGGGAUAGCGCCAAGACCACCAGUCGCCCCCAAGACAAGUGAAGAAAGGAUUGACGAGUUGUGGGCCAGGUAUGAGGGGCGGAGAGAGGCAGCUCGCCAGAGGGCACGAGAGACGGGCCAGGCGAUUGAGGGUGCGGACGAGGCGAUAGAGGUUGGGGAGUUGGGGUUUUCUGCUGCCAGGGAGGCCAUCAAAUGGGUGAACAAGGGGAUAAAGCAGACAUCCAUCGAGGCCUUUCAAAGGUACUCCCUGCUUAGUGAUGAGUUGGCUCUCAGGAAAAACGAGGUGGAACAGCUGACUGCCCAACUCGCAGAGGAGAGGGUCGAGAAUAAGGUCAGGCAAACUCGCCUGGAGGCAAAGGAGGCUGAGUGGGAGGCAAAGCUCAAGGAAAUGGCGGCCGCACUGGCAGUGGAAAGACUUGCCGCCACCAAGGUGGUCGACUGGACUGAGCAGAGCAGGUACGACAUCCAAGGCAAGGGGGUGCAAGGGCUGUUUGGCCAAGGGGAGGCAGCAGAGCCAUCUCGGCAAGAGAAGUUGGGGAAGGUAUUUCUAGACCCAGCAGAGGCAGAGGCCAGAAAGGAAGCCAACAGGGAAAGCUUCGAGUUCAAGGCUCCCACUGAGCUGGCUUCACAGUAGGAAGGCCCUGCUUCAGUAGAUACCCCUAUGGAGGCGCUGACCCAAGGACCCCAACCUGCACCAGAAGAGGAGGGGGCGGCAGAGGAGUCACUGGCGAUUCUUCUGGACGUACAUGAGGGAACUCUCGCUGGAGCGGUGGAGUCCCCACAGCCGAAGGCACAAAGGGAGGAGCCGUCACGUCUGGAUGAGUUGAUAGCAGCCAUGGAAGUGGAUACGCCGCCAGAGAGGCCUCAGGGACUGGAGGCCCCAGAGCAAGGGCCAAAGUUGGAAGAAUUGAGGGUACAGCUGGGCUCGUGGGCCACUGGGACUGACUCGGGAGGACCGACUACUGACCAGAGGCAGCAGGAGGCUACGAGCCAGCCUACUAGAGCCGCUACUCCCCAGA